AGAAGAUGUAAUGCGCAUGCGUAUUUUGCGUCAACAUGAAGACGUACCGGGCAGUUUCUGCCUGUUUUACAGAAUAAGGCUUGUUAUUUCUACAAGUGCAAAAUUCUUUAAGUGGACAAAAAUAGAUGCGACACCGAAUAAUUAUUUUGGUCUUGCAGAAUGUCCAAGAUCAGGCGGAAGGUAACAGUGGAGAACUCAAAAACUAUAUCAGACAGCAGCAGUACCACGGCAAGCAGCACCAGCAACCCCGCCGCCCCCUCUCGCCGGCCCAGCGUGUUUGAAAGACUCGGCCCGAGUACUGGGAGUAAUGCUGCUGAGAGUCAAUGUAGAAAUUGGCUGAAGACUGGGAAUUGCAGUUACGGCAACACUUGUCGCUACACACAUGGAACUCAGGCCCGAGGCAAAGGAUUUAGUUUUAGUCGGUCAGCUGAGAGACCCACUGGUGAUUUGCGGGAGAGGAUGAAAAAUAAAAGACAAGAUGUUGAGCCAGAAAACUUGAAGCGAGACCUGAGUGAGCCCUCAUCACCCCCAGUGAGACAGAGAGACUCCUCCAGAAGCCGGCACAGGGAGAAGGAGGAUAUAAAGAUCACAAAGGAGCGCACCCCCGCCAGUGAAGAAGAGCCCACAGAGUGGGAAGCCAACCGAGAAGAUUCAGAUAUCGGUGACUAUGAUUACGAGUUAUCACUAGAGAUGAAGCGACAGAAAAUUCAACGUGAGCUGAUGAAAUUAGAGCGAGAAGAGAUUGUUGUUAAAAAAGAUGACACCCCGUCCCAAACACGAAGUAGUGGCAUGUUGAAGGUCUCCCCUGAGCAUUUAGGUUCUAAAGAUUCACCCACAUCCAGGAAGUCCAGUGGGUCCCCGAAACAUAAAAGUUCUUCCAAAGCUGCAGGCUCUGGAAAGAAAGAGAAGAAAGCAUCGCCUGUUUCAGAAUCUACCAGGUCCUCCAAGGGGGGCCGCAGUAAGAAGAAAGGGCCCCGUACUCCCAGUCCUCCUCCCCCAAUUCCUUUGGAAAUUCCUGUGAUGGGAAAGAAACACAAAGCCAAACACAAAAACAAGGAGAAGUGUGAGGAGAAGCAAAAAGAAGGGAAAGAUCGAGUUCGAGAUGUAGAAAAACACAAAGAGAAGAAGGAAAAACGCAGGGACCGUUCAGAUAGUUCCCACAAGGCCAAACGAUCAGUGACAUCAGAGGAACGAUCUGGCAGUGUGUCUUCUCCCUCCAGGGGCCUGCCAUUAUCAUCCAGGAAGAAGUCUACCUCCCCUAAAGCUACAUCUCAUAAGGCCUCUGCACUGUCUUCUCCAUCUCGCAGGUCUCCCUCUCCUCCACGACACCAGCGCACCCCGACUCCUCCUCGACACCACUCCCCUUCCUCUCACUCAGGUUCUUCUGCCCAGCGGCAGUCGCCGUCCCCUCGUCGGCGUCGCUCCGCCUCUCCUGCCUACCACCGCAACACCACAGCACCAGCGUCCAACUCCUCACCUCUCUGUUCUCGACGUUCUCGUUCACCCCCUGCCUCCCAUGACGCCUCCUCACCCCACCGCAGGUCUGACCGAUCAAGUCCCAACCGACACCACUCCAGAGGCCGUGAGAGGAGCCGUGGUGAGAGAGACAGGAGUCCUCCUGCCCAAGAGCGGAAGCAUGACCGCAGAGAUGAAAGCCGCAGCAAGAGAGAGAAGGACAGCAUCCAUGAUGACAGAGACUAUGAUUCUGAACAGGUGUCAUCACGGGAUGCCCGAGAGGACAGGGAGAUGAGAGACGUCCGAGAGCAACGUGAUGGUCGUGAUCGAGGAAGGGAAACGACCCGAGACUCUCGGGAACGUCGGGAUAACAGGGAAUUGAAGGACUCGAGAGAGAACAGGACAGAAACUCGCUCCGCUCGAGACUCUUUAGAGCACCGUGACCGCGAACGGGAAAGAGAGAGGGAGCGUGAAAAGGAGCGGGAACGAGAAAAAGAAAGAGAAAGGGAGAGGACUGACACCCACAGAAAGGAGGAACCACCCCAGGAUGACAGGAGUUACGGGAGAGCUCAUGGACGUGAAGAUGGUGGGAGAGGUGAAGGAAGGAUAGACAGAGCUGAGAGGAAUGGAAGAGGGAGAGGACGUGUGAAUGAUGUAUCUGAUAAAGGUUCAAACAAAAACUCCAGAAGUUCCCAGCUGGACAGCACUCAUGACAGUUGGGAGUCACGGAGUAGUGCAGUUCGUGAAAGGAGCACAGAGAGGACUUCAGACCGCAGUGCUGCUGAACGCAGCUCUGAGCGAGGUUCAGACAGAGAUCGCUACGAAGCUGAUAGAAGAGGAGAUCACACUCGAGACUCCUCGUAUGAUAGGCGAGGAGGGCAUGGCGAGCGGGAUCGCAGAGACAACAGAGAGAGAGGUGGGACGCAAAAUCAAAGAGCCGCUUCUCCAAACAGACACCAGAGCAGAACAGAGGAGUCUGAGAGAGAGGAGAGGAGGGAAGACCGCAGGCCAGAUAGGACAGAGGAGAGACGGGAAGAGAGGACACGUGACCGGGAGCGAGAAAGGGAACGGGAGCGGGAGAGAGACAAAGAGAAGGACAGAGAACGAGAGAGGGAGAGGGAAAAGGAGCGAGAGAAAGAGAGGGAGGCUGAAAAGGAGCGAGCUAGGGAGAGAGAACGGGAAAGAGAACGAGAGAGGGAGCGGGAAAGAGAACGAGAGCGGGAGCGUGAGGAGAGGGAAAGAGAGAGGGAAGAACGGGAGAGGGAGCGAGAGAAGGAAAGGAAGGAACGAGAACGAGAAAGGGAGCAACGCGAGCGAGAGAGACAACGGGAAUGGGAAGAACGGGAGAGAGGAAGAGAAGAGCGGCGUGAAAGGAGAGAUGAUACGAGGGAUGAUCGGGCCGUGAGAGAUACCCGGGAAGAUCGCAAGAUGAGUCGUAAGAGGCACAGGGUGGAGAACAGCCCCAGCCCCCGACACUCACCAAAACGAUCAGCGCGGGACCUCAGCCUGGCUGACAGCGAUGGCUACAACAGUGCAGAAGAUAAAAGUGAGCGCCCGAUUGGCCGAGGGCAGGCCAAGCACCGUCUCCCGAGCCCAGUGUGUCCGCCUCCAACUGACAGUGGGGAGACACAUCGUCUACUUAGCCAAGUGGUGCGGCCUCAGGAGCCUUUGCUGCGUUCUCCCCCAAGAGCUUCUUUGUCUGAUGACAAGCCCGGUCACUGGAAGGAUGAGGAGCGCAGAGGAGUAGGAGACAAAAGAGAGAUACGCAGCCGCCAGUGUGAUCCAGAACCUCGUGGGGAACGAAGCAGAGUAGGUGAACGGCGAGUAGAGCAUCUUCCAGACACCCUACCCGACUCCCGCAACAGAGGUAGAGAUCAGCGAGAACCCACACCCCCUCCUCUCCUUCCAUCGACUGGCAGUGAUGAUAGAGACACUGCGGGCUCCCAGUCCCACGAGGAGAGCAAAAAGAAGACAAAGUCUCAAAGGAAGGGUUUGAAGAAGGCGCGCAAGGAAGAGGAGACCACUUGUGGUAACAGCCUGGCUAGAGCGGGGGACCGAUUCAAUCAUGAGCCACCAACAGAUGCUUCCACAGAUGGCCCAUCAACCUUACACUCCCCUCGGAAGGGUGCCAAGAAGAAGGCAGUUGAUCGAAAGAGGAAACGCUCAAGAGGAGAGUCGGAUGUGUCUGAGGAGGAUUCUUCAGUCCAUCAGCCACAUAGUAAGAGGAAGCGAGGUCCAAGAACACCACCACCAUCAAUGAGACCUGAACACCGUGCUAUUGGAGGAAAUGCUGAACCUUCUCCCCUCUCAAAAAUGGACACCAACUUCAGUGACUGGUCAGAUGAGGAGGUUAUGGACCGAGGAGGGCCACUGAUGGAAACAGCAGCUCCCCUUAUCCCUGCUGAGAGGACUCCAAUCGAGCCUCUUAGGAGAGGCGGGGGUCCAAGGUUGGGAAGGGACAGGGAGAGGUGCAACCCUCCACACAUUGCCCCUCUUCUCCCUCAGGAUCCGCCAAUGUUGCUGCAGACACUGACACCGCAGCCUCUCAUGUCUCAGCCUUUGCUCCGCAAACCUCCUCCAGACCAGACGCGCAGUAGCAGCAUGGGAAGUAACCAGAGCCGAAAUUCCAGACGCCUUCGAUCACCCUCCAUUGAGUCAGGCCAUCGAGAUGACCCACGAGAGGGACCUCGAUCCCGCAGAGGCAGACUGCAGGGCACCAACUCUCGGGACCGGGAGAGGGAAAGAGAGCGAGAGUGGGAGAGAGAGAGGCUGGUGGUGACUGACCCCCCGGUGGCAGAGAGGAAGUCUCGUAUUGACCAGCUGAGGAGGGGCGAGCCCAGCCGCAGCACUUCAUCAGAUCGUCAGGAUUCACGAAGCCACAGUUCCAGGCGCAGCUCUCCUGAUUCUGAGAGACAGGCAAGAUCCCGGUCCCGCGCUGGCUCCUACGACAGUCGAGAGCGGGAGAGAGACAGGGAGCAGUUUGAAUGGGAACGAGACCGAAAGGAUCUUCGCCCUCAACAGCAACAACAGCAACAGCAGCCCCUGCUUCUCCAGCAGCCCUUACAACAACAGAGAGACUGGGAACCCGAGCCGAGGGACUGGCCGAGCAGGGGACGUGAGCCUCUGUUGAUGCGUCCUGGCCGUGAACCCCUUUUGAGGGAUCGUGAUAUCAGGGACAGGGAACGCUUGCUAUCUGAGGGACUCAUCCAGCAGCAUGAACGGGAGAGAGAGCGGGAACGGGAAAGAGACAAUAGAGGUGAAAGAGGUGGAGAUCGAGAGAGGGAGAGAAUGAUGAUGAUGGACCUCCCACCCCAUGGAGAUCUCAGGCCACUGGGAAGAGGGGAGCUAAGGGGUGAAAUAAGAGGAGACCUGCGAGGGGACAUGAUGAUACAAGACAGGAGUGACUACGAGCCCCUACUGCCAAGAGAAGCCUUUAGCCCCCCAGAGCCUGAGAAACCGAACAACAAUCACACACUUAUGGUAGAGCAACGAGAGAUUGAGAAGACAGACAGCAUAGAUGGAGAGGAUGGUGGCAAGGAAGACGAAGGGCAGUCAGUGGCGUCUGUUGGAGAGGAGUAUGAGCCAAUAAGUGAUGACGAGCUAGAUGAAAUUCUUGCUGACAGCCAGAAAAAAGAGGAUCAACAGGAUGAGGAAAAAGUUACAGGUCCACUGGACGUGAUUGACGUGGACUGGUCCAGCCUGAUGCCCAAACAGAAGCAGGAACCACGCACCGCAGGAGCAGCGUUGCUUCGGUUUACUCCAGCAGCUGUGCUCCUCAGGACGGGCAUCUCCAAGCGACUGGCUGGUCCCAAGCUCCUGGAGCAGGUCAGAGAGGUGUGCAAGGCCGAACUGGACGACCCCAAAGAUGCUGACAGACUCUUUGAACAUGACCUGGGAGCCCUGAACAUGGCCGCCCUAAACAGGCGGGUGGAGAGGGCUAGCUUACUGAGUAACUUGGGACCAUGCUGCAAGGCCCUGUGUGCACGCAGGGACUUCGCCAUUCGCCGGCAGCUACUAAAAAAUGAUAAGGGUCUCACCAAGCAGUACCCGGCCACGCCGGUGGUGGACAGCGAGCUGCUGCAGAUGAGCAUGCGUCUUUUUAGGAAGACCGUGGCCGGUCAGGCAUCGGCCACAGAAAAGCCUGACAGCGUGUUGGCGUCAGCACCAGAAGGUGCUACAGCUGGUAGUGGUAGUAGUAAGCUUAGCACGGGUCAGCCUGAGGUUUGUGUGUCCUGAAAGUCUUCACUUGUUUUGUUUCCUUUCCUUACAAACACCCUUUGAAAAAAAAAUCAAAGGACAUAAAGCGAAACCAGAGCAAAAUUGUCAGUGCAUCUCAAUUAGGAUUACUCGCAUAUUUUGUGCAUUACAGUGUUUUAGAGCAAAUUUUUAUUGUCAUUUUCCCUUGUUUAACCAAGUUAAAAUGGCUUUUGUUUUUGUAUAUUGUGCAUUGGUUACUAAAACUGUGCAUUAAAAUGGUUAGAUGUUGAA